ACUAGUAUCAGAAAAUCACAGAGUAUCCAAAGUAAACAAAACAAAACAAAACAAAGAGUCACUCUUUAGUCAAACCCGUACGAAACCAGAACUCUGAAACUGCGAAGACCUCUCUCUUUCUCUCUCUAGAAUAUCUCACUGUUCCUCUCUCUCUGUCUCUCUCUCACACACUCACAGUGUCUGGAUCGAAGAGAUUUGCAAAAUGUGAGGGAUUUUACUGCUUCACAUUUUACACCACAGGUUAUAAAGCUUGCCCCUGUUAACAUGGAUUGUGUAUUCUAAGAAACUGCAAACGUUUUGCCUCUAUCUCCCGCAGUAUAUAUGGCUUCUGGUGGUAUGGCUCCUGCUAUAGCAGUUGGAAAACCUGCUGGUGAUGCAAUGAUUGUUGAUACGCUCCCAGAGGAGAUCAAUGAAAUGAAGAUCAGGGAUGAAAAAGUUGAAAAGGAAAUGGAAGCAACAGUGGUUGAUGGAAAUGGAACUGAAACUGGACACAUUAUUGUAACUACAAUUGGGGGUCGAAAUGGUCAACCCAAACAGACCAUAAGUUAUAUGGCAGAGCGCGUUGUUGGACAGGGCUCAUUUGGAAUUGUGUUUCAGGCCAAGUGUCUGGAAACAGGAGAAACUGUUGCAAUUAAGAAGGUAUUGCAGGACAAGAGAUAUAAGAACCGUGAGUUGCAAACAAUGCGCCUUCUUGAUCAUCCUAAUGUUGUCUCACUCAAGCACUGCUUCUUUUCAACCACGGAAAAAGAUGAGCUCUAUCUCAAUUUGGUGCUUGAAUAUGUACCUGAGACUGUAUAUCGUGUAGCGAAACACUACAGCAAAGCAAAUCAGCGGAUGCCCAUGAUAUAUGUGAAACUCUACACCUAUCAGAUAUGUAGAGCUUUGGCAUAUAUUCACGGAGCCAUAGGCGUGUGCCACAGGGACAUUAAGCCACAGAAUCUACUGGUUAAUCCCCAUACCCACCAGGUCAAGCUAUGCGAUUUUGGAAGUGCAAAAGUUCUGGUAAAAGGUGAGCCAAAUAUAUCAUAUAUUUGUUCUCGUUAUUAUCGAGCGCCUGAACUCAUAUUUGGAGCAACUGACUACACUACUGCAAUUGACAUCUGGUCUGUGGGUUGUGUUCUCGCUGAACUGCUUCUAGGACAGCCUCUCUUUCCAGGUGAAAGUGGAGUCGAUCAGCUUGUAGAGAUUAUUAAGGUGCUCGGUACACCAACUCGUGAGGAAAUCAAAUGCAUGAACCCAAACUAUACAGAGUUCAAAUUCCCACAAAUCAAGGCCCACCCCUGGCAUAAGAUAUUUCACAAGCGCAUGCCCCCAGAAGCGGUAGAUCUUGUCUCAAGACUUCUUCAGUACUCUCCAAAUCUGAGGUGCACUGCUUUGGAGGCCUGUGUCCACCCAUUUUUUGAUGAACUUCGUGAUCCUAAUAUCCGUCUCCCUCAUGGGCGUCCCUUGCCACCUCUCUUCAACUUCAAACCUCAAGAGCUGAAAGGAGCAACUUUGGAGCUUCUUUCCAAACUGAUACCAGAGCAUGCCCGGAAGCAAUGCCCAUUCCUUGGUUUGUAGAUUUUAAAACAAGUGCUGAAACAAUGGAAUUAUUGCUAUAUUUUACCAUGUUUGCCUUGUAUGUUUUCUGCACAGAUUAGUGCCGCCCUGUUUGUUGUUAUAUCUAGUUUCAACUUGAAGUACUUGAUUGACAAAUGAUGCUGGUGUUUUCCUGUUGGCCAUGGUCACAUAUAAUUCUGCUAAAAGACUCGGAGUGAUUCUAUCUUGAUCGUGUCUGUAAUCAUAAAUUAAUCACUUAUUGUAUAGCUCUCUCUCUCUCUCUAUAUCUCUUGUCUUUCUUCCAUAGAGACCUCAUGAGGGGAGGAAAGUGGUUCAACAAAUGCAUCAAGAUGAAUUUCUACCUCUUUAGCCAUAAUGAUGAUGAUGAUGAUCAAUUUAUAUGCUGCAA